CGUCCUAACUCCUAACCUCAAACUCUCAAACCUGUUGAAAAUGUUCUACAGCAUGUCCUAAUGUUUUUAAUUAUUUAAUUAGAGAAGAGAAUUGAAAAAUUUCAUCAUGUCCAAAUUAUUUGAAGACUCAGAUAGUGAAAUUGAAAUAAAAACAGAAAAUGAGUAUGCGAAAUCAUACGAUACUUGGAGAAAAAAGGAAGAACUCAAUAAGUUUAAAGCACGUCAUGGAGAACAUGCACUAGAUUUUGAUAAUGAUGAGGACGAUGAAGAUACUUCAGAUGACGAUGAAAAUGCAGUUGAACUCACACAGGAAGUCGAAAAGGAUUUUUACAAAACCUUAGCUUUACUGAAGACCGAAGAUCCUUCAAUCUAUGAUGAUAAAGUUGUGUUUUUCAAUAGUUCAAACAAAAAAGAAACUGCCCCUAAAACAAAGAAAGAAAAGAAAAUGUUUCUUAGAGAUUAUGAGAGAGAACUUUUACUAGAAAAAGGGGGCAUUGCCAGUGAUAGUGAUGAUGAAAAUAGAAACAGCACUCACAGCUUUGGAGUACGGGAUGAGAACAAAUUGAAAGAAAGUUUUAAAGUUCUUGAUGAGGAUAGUGAUGAAGACAUAGGAAGUUUUCUAAAAGCUAGGGAACAAACAAAGGAAGAAGAAGUAAAGAAAGAAGAGGACUAUAAAGCCUGGUUAAUUGGACAAGAGAAAAAAUUGAAGGAUAAGGAGACUGCUUCAUCUUUGAAACCAUUGAAAGAUUAUUGGAACAAUGAUAAACUUGAUGAAGGGGAAAAGUUCCUUAGAGAUUAUUUGUUAAAUAACAGAUACUUAGAAGAAGGAAACAAGAACUACAUCCCAACAUACAAUGAAAUUGUUCAAGAUCUAUCAGAAGAUGAAAAUGAAAUUCAGAAGCAAGAAGAAUUUGAGCAUAAGUACAAUUUUCGAUUUGAAGAACCUGAUCAUGAAUUUAUCAAAAGGUACCCAAGAACAAUUGAAGGAUCUUUAAGAAGAGAAGAUAAUAGGAGAAAAGUGAAAAGACAAGAGAUUAAGGAAAGGAAGGCCAGGGAAAAAGAAGAAAAGAUGGAACAAUUUAGGAAAUUGAGGGAUCUGAAGCAAAAGGAAAUCGAAGAGAAAAUUGAGAAAUUAAAGGAGAUUACAGGAAACAAAGAGAUUGCUUUCAAUGAUGAAGAUAUAGAGGGUGAUUUUGACCCAGAAGAACAUGACAAGAGGAUGCAAGCUUUGUUUAACGAUGAAUAUUAUGACAAUGGCCCAGAGGAAGAUAUAAAACCGCCAAUUGACUUGGAUGAUGAAGAUGCUUUAGAAUUACAACCAGAAAAUUAUGAUGACUUUACUGGACCUACCGAAGAGGAAGAAGCUGAUGGUCCUCAUUGUGAAGAUGAUGAUUUCAUUAUGGAUGCUGAUUAUGACCCCAAAGCAACACAGAAAGAGCUUGUAGAAAAUUCAAGAAGGAAAAAGAAGCGCAAGAGGAAAUCGAAGUUUGUUGAAAUGCUGGCCAAGGAACGGCCAAAAUUCGAUCCUAUGGAUAAGAGCUACGAGAAAUACAUUGAUGAAUAUUACAAAUUUGAUUGUGAAGAUAUCAUAGAUGACAUACCAUUUAAAUUCAAAUACAGGAAGGUGGUACCAAAUAGUUUUGGUCUAAGUGUUGAGGAAAUUCUAUUAGCAAAGGAUAGAGAAUUGAAUAAAUGGUGUUCCUUGAAAAAGGCCGUGGCUUUGAGAGAUGAACAGGUAGAAAAAUAUGAACAAACUGCGUAUGAGAGAAAAGGGCAGAAUAUUGUAUUGAAAAAAAAAAUUUUGCCCAGUUUAUUUGUGGAAGCAGAAAACAAUGAUUCCAAAUCUGUUGAAGUUGAUGAGAAAAAAGAAGAUGCAAGUCAGGAAGUUGAGAAAUCUGUGGCCCAUCAAGAAAAUAAUAUGGUCAACAACAAAUCACCUAGCAAGGGAAAAAAACUUAGCAAGGAGAACGUCCUUGAAACCCAAAAUCCUAGUGAAAUAAAAGGUGAAUCCAUCAAAAAGAAAAAGAAGAAAAAAAGUUCUCUACCUCUAGAAGAAAAUGAGAAAGUGGAAGAUAGAAAAGAAGGCAAAACCAAAAAAAGAAAAUUAAAAACUGAAAAACAAGAUAAUUUGGGAGAUUUAAAUACCAAGGAAACUGUCACAGAAGAGAAAGAUGCAAUUUCAUCAUCUGCUGUUAAUAAGGAGAAAAAUGAGGGAACUCAAGACAGUCCUUUAGAAAAUGUUGAAAUCAGUUCAAAGAAGAAAAAGAAGAAACCGAAAAAAGAUCGUACAGAUGCGGUUAUCAGUGAGGGGAAUGAGAAAGAAACUCCUACAACACCAAAAGUGGAAAAAAAGAAGAAGAAUCAUGAUCAGAUAGACAGAAAAUCAGCUGUUAAAAGGAAAUUAUCUGAAACAUCUGAUAAUCAGAAACCAGCAAAAAAAUCCAAGAAAAAUAAAUUGAAGAAUUUGGACAUUGGAAUUUCAGAUUCAAGAAUUGCUUGCUUUGGAUGGAAUCCUAAAAAAUUCAAAAAUAAAUUGAUUUAUGGUAAUAAGGAUCAAUAAAAAUUCAAAAUAGAUGAAUAUUCAUUUAUUUGGUUGAUUUAGGAUUAUGUGAUUUCACAUUAUAUUUGAGGAAUUUUGUACAGGCAUAUAUUGUUGUAUUAAUAUAUUUUGUAAAGUUC